AUGGAGUUCAUUGCAGUGCUGGAGGCCCUCAAGCGUGCAUCGGCACCAAAUGAGGGGAGCAACAGCUUUGAAGUUUGGCUUCGCUCAUCUUGUCGACACAGGGAGGAUGUCUUCGAGCAGUGGCUGUUGGUGACGGCUGCAGCCUUCAACGCAACACCAGACUGCGCUUGUUUGAUUUUCCUUGAUCAGGCCGAGCUGCUUGUGAAAGAACAGGUGGAGGGACGGAGUCAGUCGGGUGGACAGAAGUCAGCUUUCACCGAGAUAUUCAGCAAGUUCCCGCAGAAGAUGGGCAUGUUUUUGGCAGGCACGGUGAAUAUCUUGAUUGAUAGGCCAUCGGAGGAUUACACCGUGCUUAAGGUCCAGGAAGUACUGGCUCUACCGCCGUUGUCACUGCAAGCCGCCAGACGGGCCAUGGCAGAGUGGGGAGGCACGCAAUACAAGAAGGAGGAAUUCGACAACAUUCACCUCUUCUCGGCUGGGGUAUGCCGGCUUCUGGAGGCGGCUUUCCAGACCUGGGGUGAGUUGGCAUCAACUGCUCAGGUUGCACUCAAUGCCAUGUGGCAGGAGUUCAGGAGCUCGUUUGCGGAUGCAGCCCCCUACUUCAAUCAGCCAGAAGUGGCUUUGGCGUUGGUUCUUUGCUCGGCGGUUCGAUGGCCUGCAGAAGGCCACCAGCUUGUGCCCGGAACCUUACUGAGGUGGUCAGACAUCUUCAGGGCAGGAGCAGCAUUUCCAAACAACAAGUCCGUACUGGUUCCACGGCUGUGGUGGUGUGAGGGUACCAAUAUCAAAGACGCCAUCCGAAACGAUUUGAAACAGCUGAACGGGCUCCUGCCAGAUUCCUUGCAGUUGCUCAACAGCCCAAAAAGGGGUGCCACUGAAAGGGGGGAGAAGUGGGAAGAGCUGGUUGCAAAUUCCCUGGCAGUGCGGUUCCGCCUUCACUGCGUAGCAAGAAACCUGAGUGCUGAAGUCACCUGGGCCCCUUUUUUGGAGAUCUACCCUACGGAGGAUCCACAUUUGCGAGCUGUUUUGGAGCCGUUCGAAGCCAAGGCAAUGAAGCAACUGUCAGGAGUGACGUUGGGAAGGCCAUCAAGUCCAACCGGAAUUUUGCAACGGCUCACCACGAUCUUUUGA